AUGGUGUCCGCCGUGGAGAAGCUGGCCAUUGCUGCCUCUUUGCUGACCUCUUUUUCUCUCGUCAACGGCCAGAGCAACUCGACUUCCGCCUGGAACCAUGCGGAUUUCGAGACCAGUCCAGAGGUCUUUCCUUCACGUACGUACGACUACGCGCGCUCUUUGGCGUCGCGCUGACAUGUGUUAGCGAAUAUUACGGGGACCGGAGGCUGGGAUGCCGCCCUCGAGAAGGCCAAAGAUUGGGUCUCUCAGCUUACGAUUGAAGAGAAGGCCAUACUCGUUACAGGCACCGAAGGCCCUUGUGUUGGGAACAUAGGGCCAAUCCCGCGCUUGAACUUCACGGGUCUCUGCCUUCAAGAUGGUCCGCUAGCCAUUCGCCAGGCGACAUACGCUUCAGUCUUUCCGGCUGGCCUGACCGUUGCGGCUUCUUGGGAUAGGAAUCUUGCUCGCGUUCGUGGACGACAGAUUGCGUCCGAGUACAGAGCGAAGGGCUCGCAUGUCAUCCUCGGUCCUGUUGCUGGGCCGCUCGGCCGCAGCGGCUAUGGUGGUCGUAACUGGGAGGUCGGUUUCGGAUUCUUUCACACGUCUUCCUACUCGAGCUCUGCUGAUCCUGAAUAGGGCUUUUCUCCAGAACCGUAUCUGACGGGUGUCAUGAUGGAGGAGACCAUCGGAGGCCACCACGAGAUGUAAGUGUUGGAGGUGGCAGAACCCAUGCAUGCCCAGCCAUGCUCCAUCCCAGUACGCCCUGUGUGCUCACCAUGCCGCAAUCUGCAGGGGCGUCCAAGCUUGCGCCAAGCACUUCAUUGGCAACGAACAAGAGACCCAGCGCAACCCAGACCUCAGCCCGACCAACAAGACGAUCGAGGCAGUCUCCGCCAACAUCGAUGACCGCACCAUCCACGAGCUUUACCUAUGGCCGUUCGCCAAUGCCGUGCGCAGUGGCGUGUCAUCGGUCAUGUGCUCCUACAACCGUGUGAAUGGAACGUAUAGUUGCGAAAACAGCAAGACGUUGAACGGCCUCCUCAAAGAUGAGCUCGGGUUCCAGGGCUACGUGGUUUCGGAUUGGAUGGCAACCCACUCCGGCUUCCCGGCGAUCAACGCUGGUCUGGAUAUGAAUAUGCCCGGCGGAUACAUCUUCACCAACUCAACCCCAUCGUUCUUCGGUGCCAACAUCACCGUCAUGAUCAACAACGGAAGUCUGGAAGAGAGCCGUCUGGACGACAUGGCACACCGUAUCCUGACGCCCUACUUCUACCUCGGACAGGACAGUGGCUUUCCAGCUAUCGACGGCGAUACGCCCUCGACGCAGACGACUUGGCCCCAGAGCACAUACCGCUACAACUUCACCUACGGGCCUUCGUCCGUCGAUGUGAGGGACAACCAUGCGGAGCUCAUUCGCGAGCUUGGCGCUGCGGGAACUGUGUUGCUCAAGAACGUCAACAACGCUUUGCCCCUCAAGUCCCCGAAGAACAUUGCAGUCUUCGGCAACGAUGCGGCGGAUCUGACCAACGGGGAGUACUUUGCCAAUCUCAAUUCGGAAGGCUUCGAGUAUGGAGCCCUCCCAGUUGCUGGAGGAUCUGGCACCGGAAGGCUCACCUAUGUCGUCUCUCCUCUCGAAGCAGUCAAGGCCAAGGCUGGAAAGGACGCACUGGUGCAGUACAUUACAAACAACACCCAGAUCAUCGAAGACAACGGAUGGGACAGCAUCCUUCCGAAGCCGGAGGUCUGCCUGAUCUUCCUCAACACGUGGGCCUCGGAAGGGUUUGACCGCACCAGUCUGUUGCUCAACUGGAACGGCACGGAAGUGGUCGAGACCAUUGCCGCGAACUGCUCCAACACCGUGGUCGUGACACACUCCUCCGGCUUGAACGUCCUGCCGUUCGCGGAUCACCCCAACGUCACUGCCAUUGUUGCUGCACAUCUCUCCGGCCAGGAGGUGGGCAACAGCGUCGUCGACAUCCUCUUGGGCGCAGUGAACCCGUCGGGCAAGCUUCCAUACACGAUUGCGAAGGAGGAAGACGACUACGCUUUCGUUCCCAUUGUCAACUCGACCGAGUUGCUGCUGACUGAGGAUGCGAAUGCUUGGCAAGAUGACUUCGAGGAGAGACUGUUGAUCGACUACCGUAUGUAUAUCCCGCGGAUGCCUUGAUCUGCACAUGGCGGAGCUAAUUUUGGCUAGGCCACUUUGAUUACUACAACCUUUCCGUCCAAUACGAAUUCGGAUUCGGUAAGCUGGAGAAUCCGACUUUCACGAGGCGAAAUCACUCAUCGUAGCCUUUCAUAGGUCUCUCUUACACCACCUUCUCCCUUGGCAACGCCAGCGUAAGCAAGGUCGCAUCGGGCAGCAUUUCCGCCACCCCGGCCAACCUGACCGUUGCCCCUGGCGGUAACCCGGCUCUGUGGGAGACCUUGUACAAUGUGACGACCACCGUCACCAACAUCGGGUCAUUGUCCGGUGCCACUGUGCCCCAACUCUACAUUGGCAUGCCCAGCAUCGACUCGCAAGAGGAGGACACCACACCCCUUCGGGUCCUCCGGGGCUUCGACAAGGUCUCCCUCCAGCCCGGCGAGAGCAAGACCGUCACAUUCGAACUCACCCGUCGUGAUAUCUCUUACUGGGACACGUAA